AUGGCGUCAAGCGCCCCCUUCCAAUUCGCAGGCGAUUCCGAGUCGGAAGACGACAACUUCAACCCCGCCCCGGCUGAGGCUUCAGACGACGAAGAUGGUGCCCAGCGCGCCACUGGAAGCAGCGACCGCCGCGCAAGGAGCCCUGAUGCCGAUGACGACCAAAAUGAGGACGACGAGGAUGAGGAGCGCCCCUCCAAGAGCGGGUCAAAACGGGCGCGCGAUGUGGACGAUGAAGAGGACAAUGAGGAUGAGGAAGAAGAUGAAGAAGAGGGCGUAGCCAAGAACGGAUACGAUGAAGAUGAGGAGGAGGAGGAAGAGGAAGAAGAGGAGGAUGACGAUGACGAUGUCCAGCAUCGCCAUCGCCGCAAGCGUCGCAAGGAUCAUCGCGCCGCCUUCUUCGAUAUCGAAGCCGAAGUCGAGGACGAAGACGAAGCAGAGGAUGAGGAGAAGGAGGGUGAAGAAAUAGAAGACUUCAUCGACAAUGCCCAUCCCGAUGAUAUUGCUGAGAGCGGCCACCUUGACGAUGAUCGCAGGCAUCGCGAGCUGGACCGUCGUCGCGAGAUCGAGGCAAGCAUGGAUGCGGAGAAACAAGCCGAGAUUUUGAGGGCGCGCUACGGCAAGCGAGCUCCGGCAAGGGGCUAUGGGGAGAUGACCGUCGUCCCCAAGCGACUUCUCCUUCCUAGCGUCGACGACCCAAGCAUCUGGGCCGUCAGGUGUAAGGAAGGAAAGGAACGGGAUGUCAUUUUCUCCAUCAUGCGGCGCAUCGAAGAGCGAGCAGGCGGCAAGGAUGCGCUCUCCAUCACUUCCGCCUUCGAACGUGGCGGCACAAACUCCGUCAUGAAGGGUUACAUCUACGUCGAAGCCCGCCGUCAGAACGACAUAAUGAUCGCUCUGGAUGGUGUUCUUGACGUCUAUCCGCGAACCAAGAUGGUCCUUGUCGAACUGAAGGACAUGCCGGACCUGCUCCGCGUUAUGAAGACGCCUAAUCUGGAACCCGGCGCAUGGGUGCGGUUGAAAAAGCCAGCGAAAUAUGCUGGUGACCUCGCCCAGGUUCUCGAUGUAACCGAGAACGGUUUGGAGGCCCGCGUCCGCUAUAUCCCGCGCCUCGACUACGGUGUCCGGGAUGAGAUUCUUACCGGAGAUGGGAAGCGCAAGCGCCCAGGUAUGCCCGGCCCGCGGCCUCCUCAACGCCUUUUCAGCGAAGUGGAGGCAAGGAAGCGGCAGCCCCGCCAGAUUCAGGGCAACCCCCAAACCAACACUUGGAUAUACAACGGCGAUGAUUUCGAGAAUGGGUUCCUUGUUAAAGACAUCAAGAUUCAACAGUUGGAUGUCAAAGACGUCAACCCAACUCUUGAAGAGGUUACCAAGUUCGCCAGCGGCUCCGAGGACGGCACCGAGAACCUCGAUCUCAAGGCUCUCGCCGCCAGCCUCAAGGACAGUAACACGAACGUUGCCUAUGUCCCUGGAGACGUCAUCGAGGUCUAUGAGGGUGAGCAACGAGGUGUUGUUGGGAAGGUGGCCAACGUCCAAGGUGAUAUUGUUACCUUGAGGGUGACCGAAGGCGACCUAGCCGGACAGACAAUCGAGGUUCCCAAUAAGGGUCUGCGCAAGUUGUUCAAGACCGGUGAUCACGUCAAGGUCAUUGGCGGCAGUCGUUUCCGAGACGAGGUCGGCAUGAUUGUCAAGAUUGUCGACGAUCGCAUCACGCUCUUGACCGACCAAACGAACACGGAAGUCACCGUCUUCAGCAAAGAUCUACGCGAGGCAAGCGACAUUGGCGGCCAGGGGUCCAUCGGCCAGUACUCGCUGCUGGAUCUGGUUCAGCUCGACCCCACCACCGUUGCUUGCAUUGUCAAGGUGGAUCGGGAAUCGAUGGUCGUCUGGACCAGAACGGUGAUACCAGACAGCAACGCUACCACCGAAAACGCCGGCGUAUUCGUCACCAGGGCUGGCAAUGUCAGCACAAUCGCGGCAAAGGGUGGGCGCGCCACCAACCCGAAUUCAGGGCCUGACCUGAGCGCCAUGAACCCAGCUCUCAAGCGGAACCCGGCGCAAAACCAAGCCAUGCAGCCCCCCAAGACGUUCGGCCGUGAUCGUGCCCUCGGCCAGACGGUAAGCAUCCGGAGAGGCGGCUACAAGGCCCUGAUGGGCAUCGUCAAGGAUACUUCCGAAACCCAUGCGCGCGUUGAGCUUCACGGCAAGAAUAAGAUUGUCAGUAUUGCCAAGGCCGACCUCAUCUUCAAGGACAGGGUUACCGGGAAGACGAUUGAUAUUUACAGCCGCUCUGGUCGCGGCGGCUUCGGGGGUGGUGCUGGCCGUGGUGGAUUUGGGGCCGGGGAUCGGCCCGGUGGCAGCAGGACGCCCAUGGGCGCGGGAGGCGGAGAGCGAACCCCAGCAUGGGGGGCUCCGAAGGGUGAGUUCUAUCUUCUUCCAUGUGUGCAAGGUCUCAAUGCUAACUAUACACCCGCACACGAUGGCUUCGGCCACGGCUCCAAGACCCCGGCCUACGGCGCUGGCAACAAUGACCCUUGGGGUUCCAAGACUCCCGCCUAUGGCGUUUCAGCCCCUACCCCAGGCGCCAGCGGGGCUGACAGCUGGGGCUACACGCCCGGCGCAAGCGGCGGAGCGUACGAUGCGCCCACGCCCGGUGCCGGUUUGGGCGCGCCCACACCUGCGGCCCUUAACGCCCCGACGCCUGGUGCGUACUCGGCGCCUACUCCGGCCGCGGUUGGCGCUCCUACCCCUGGCGCCUGGCAAGGUGGCUGGGGGGCCGAUACCGCCCCUACCCCGGCGGCCGGAGCCCCGACGCCGGCUGCCAGUGGUGGCUACUACAGUGCGCCGACGCCGGCUGCGUACGGCGGCGCGCCGGAAACACCCGCUGCAUCAGGAGAGAUCCGCUACGCCGAUGAUGAUUGA